GAACUGCAGCAGCUCAGCAAGCAGUACAGCAAUAUCAAGCUCCUCCAACUGGAUGUGGUCUGUGAAAACAGCAUCAAGAAAGUAGUCAAGGAAGUGGAAGAAAUCGUGGGAGACAAAGGUCUGAACUGCCUCAUUAACAACGCUGGCAUCAAUGUGCUUGCCUCCUUGGAAGAAGUCACGGCAGAGACAAUGCUCACCAUCUACGAAACCAAUACAGUUGCCCAGCUGAUGGUCACCAAGGCGUUUCUACCCCUCCUGAGGAAGGCAGCCCAGCUGAGCACAGGAAUGGGCUGCCACAGAGCCGCUAUUAUCAAUAUGUCCUCACUUGCUGCCUCCAUGCAACUCGUCCAGGCAAACGAGAUGUUCCUCAAGGUCUAUCCCUACAGGAUAGCAAAGACUGCACUGAACAUGAUCACCAGGUGUCUUGCUGCAGACUUGAAAUCGGAUGGGAUUCUCUGUAUUUCUUUACAUCCAGGCUGGCUUCAGACAGACAUGGGUGGAAACAUGGCUCCCAUGCAGGUGCAAGAGGCUAUCCCAGGUAUUCUCUCCGUUCUCGACCGUCUUGGUGAAAAAGAAAAUGGUUCUUUCCUGGACUGGCAAGGGGAAACUCUACCAUGGUAGAAGUGCACAGUACACUACAGAAACAGCACAUCGGUCACUAUUUAACUUGUGCCACUCAUGUCUGUGUCUCUAGGGUUUUCUUA